GACAACCGUGAGUAUUCAUCACUUGGCUUUUACUAUUCCUCUGGGAGCCUCAUUACAACGUGGUGACAUUUGGGGGCGACUUCGAUUCUUUGGAUCCAACUUGACUCCUCAUCCAAAGUCCUUGACCCCCUAAAGAGAAACUGAGAUCCCCAUUUCUUCGCCCGCUCUUGCCAGCUGCCAUCUAGCAACAGCAUGGCAGACAGUCGACAGCCAGAAGACGACUCGCCCCAUUGGGACCCAUCAGGGGGUCAAGAACCUGGUGGCACCCAUGGAGCAAACAACUACUCUUCGUCAGCCUACAGGACCUGCCAGCCUGGCGGGGCCCACAUGACCACAGCUCCUUACGCUGCCAGGGAGAAUGGCAUAAAUGGAGAGCUAGCUGGAGCUCCUGCAAUAACUGCAGAGCAAGUCUCGGCACGAAUUGUGCAAGAAGUGACAGCGGAGGCAGUGGCGGUGCUAAAGGGGGAACAGGAGACCCAGCGGCUGCCAUCAGUUGAGGAUACCACCAAUUUGCCUCCCUCCCCUCCCCCUUCACCUGCAGCUGAACACUUUGGUCCUUUGGAGCAAGAUGUAGGGGAUGAGGAGGAGGCGGGCCCUCUCCGCCGUUUCCAAAAUUCUCGGGAGAGGUGCAAGUUCCUCGCCCCCUCCAUCUCAGUUUCCGUGCCCGAGGACGACCCCUACCACUCCGACGAGGAGUACUAUGAGCACCCAUUGUUCAGCCCAGAGUGGACGCACUCGGGCGCUCGCCCCACAGGGCACGCCGUGGCCUUUAGACAGAUUGAAGAAGAGACCAUGGAGGCUCUUACAGCUGAGUACGAGGAGGAGGAGGAGGAGGAGGAAGAAGUGGAAGAGGAGGAGGAGGAGAGUGCAGAAGCGGCAGUGUCCGAGGCAGCUCUUGAUGAGCAGCAGUGGAGUGGGGAAGAGCCCGAGAUGGACAGCCCCAAAGCUGAACCCUUAGAUCAGACAGAGGCCUUAGACGAGGCACAGGAUGUAGACCUGGGGCAGUCUGAGGCGGCUAGUGCUGCCACAGAAAGCUCUGUGGACAGAGAGGAGGAGGAGGAGGAGGAGGAAGAGGAGCAGGAGGAUGCAGAGGGUGAGGAAAGCCAUGACACAGCUUUAAAGAUGGACGCAGACAAGCAGGACAGUGAGUCCAUAAGCCCAGACAGCAUCGGAUCAGAAAAGCGCCCAGAGGAGUUUUUUGAGCCCCAGAUGCAAGGAUUCUUUGCUGGCGAACGAGUUGUACCGGAGAGCCCGACCAUGGAUAUGCCAUCUUUUGUGCCUCCAGAUGUUCAAACCCAAGCCAAAGAUCCAGUCCGGACUCUCACACUUCAGCCUACAUACGGCGAGCCAAUCACGGUCUCAGAAAAACAGCCUUCGGUGGAGGUGGUGGAGUUCAGCAGCAUCACUGCUCCUUCUGAUUUCUCUUCGAUGGGAGUCAAGGUUCAAGGAGGAGUUGAAACCGGAGAGGCCACUGACAAAUCAGGCAUGUCGGCAUACUUUGAAACCUCAGCUGUGGAGGUUGAGGAAGGCACAGAAUGUAAGGGUGAGGGUUAUUAUGAGCUGAGUCGAUCUGGUGAAAAGACAAAUAAAGAUGAUUCCAAGUCCCAGGAAGUCAGCUACAGCACACUGGCAGAGGCUAAGGAUAAACCUGAAACUAAAAAGGUUCCACCUGGAGACUUUGGUAUGCCUGCAAUUCCUGAUAAAAGCAAUGAAUGCAGGCUUUCCCCUGGUAAGCUCGCCUUAGAGCAGAGGAGUUACUCGCUUAACAUCACCAUAGGAACAACAGAUCAGACUGGACAAGGCAGGCAAAGAAACUUCACCCCACUGGCCACUGACAUCAUGUCACAUACAAGUGGAAGUCUUGAUGAGUCAGCUGACUACCUUCCGGUUUCUACACCUUCAGUAGAUAAACCUCCAUCAUUCCCUCCCCUUAUCCUGGAGACCGCAGCUUCUGUCACAUCAGAUUCCUCUUCCCCUCCGAGAACCGCUGAACAUCCAUCAAAAGUCAGUCCAGAACCCGAAUCCCCUGAAUCCCCUGAGCCAAAUAAAGAGUCUUACAAAAACGGAUCGGUGAUGACGCAGGACUUGCCGGAAAUGCUAGACCUUGCAGGCACCCGAUCGAGACUGGCCUCAGAAAACACAGACCCCGAAAUAAUCCAGAAGAAGUCACUCAAAAACGAUGACCCUACUUUCACCGAUGACCCUCUCGCUAGUUUGUGUUCAGGGGAACUGAGUCCCGGCAUAAGAAAGAGUGAUAGCCAACUGGAAGAGAUGGGCUACUGUGUGUUUAGUGAAUAUUCAGGGCCCAUGCCAUCCCCUGCAGACGUGCUUAGCCCUACCAACGCCUCCAUACAAGGCUUUACCCCUUCUGUUUUGGAGGAGAAAGUGGCUGAGCAGGCGAGAAAAUUAGCAGUGAGAGAUACGUCCUUGGAAGACAAGAGCCAGUCAUAUGGAGGCGCUGAUAUUGACGAGGGGGAAGACCAAAGUCAAGGGGGAAGAAAGGAUUCAGUCGAAGAAAGCAGCAAAUGCAAAGCAAACGAUCAGCCAGCAACACACGUGAGUGAGACACCUCUCGCUCAGCUGAGCGAGCCUUUUGUGACACCGACGGUCACUGUGACUCUCGAGGAAGGUGAGAGGUCGGCCAGUGAGAUCGAACGCCAAGCCAGUGGCGAGGCUUCAGUGACAGAAACUGAAAUCGCCGACUACGAAAGGCAGAUCCGCAAGCUGGAGAUGGAGGACAGGCCUCUGAGUCUGGAGGAGGAGCGGGAACUGCAGGAGCUCCGAGAGAAGGUGAAGCUUGUGCACCAAGAGGCCUAUGAGGAGGUGGAUGCCGAGGACGUUUACCAGCUGACCGGCAUGGCCAAGGACCGCAUCGCCAGACCGGUGAAAACAUCGCCUACUUCAUCUGUAGAAAGCAACAUCGAUGAUGACAAACUGCUUUCCCCAGUACUCUCACCCUCAAAACUUAAACAAAGGGAAUUGUACGGCUCACCCAAAAGAUCAGCUUCGCCUGUGUCAGUAAUAAACAAAGAUGAAAGGGAUGAACAGGAGAGGAAAAUGAAGGAAGACCAAGAGAGGGAAGCAGCUGAGCGAAUAAAGAAAGAAGAGGAAGAAAGAAAAAUGAAGGAGGAAGCAGAACUGAAAGAAAGAGAGGAGCAGGAGAGAAGAGAGAAGGAUGAGGCAGAAAGGAUAUUGAAGGAGGCCGAAAGGCAUGAGAAAGAGCUGAAAGACAGACUGGAGAGAGAAAACAAAGAGACAGAGGAGAGGGAGAUGAAAGAAAGGGAGGAGAAAGAGAAAAAAGAAAGAGAAAAGAGGGAAAUAGAAGAAAAAGAGAGGGAAGAAAAAGAAAAACGGGAAAGGGAGGAGAAAGAGAAGAAGGAAAGAGAUGAAAGGGAGAGGAAGGAAAGAGAAGAAUGUGAGAAGAAGGAAAGAGAAGAGAGGGAGAGGAAGGAGAAAGAAGAAUAGAAAGAAGAAAGGGAGAGGAAAGAAAAAGAGGACAGAGAGCAGAAAGAGAAUGAAGAAAGAGAAAAGAUAGAGCGAGAACAUAGAGAAAUGAAUGAAAAGAUGGAGCAAGAAAGAGCGGAUCAAUUGUUAAAAGAGAAGAUCGAAAAGGAAAAGAUGGAGAGGGAAUUAAAAGAAAAGGAGGAAAAGGAAAAGACAGACAUGGAAGUCAAAGUGGAGAAAGAGCAAGAGAAACUGGCUGGGAUGGACAAAAUGGUUUUAGACCAGUCAGUGGAAGCAGAAGACAAGCAGCAAGCAGAAAAUUCCUCCAUGAAUCUCACUGAGGAAGAUGUGCUGAAAGAGGCGAGUACAGGAGCAGAGGUGACGAAGGAGAUAGCAGAGACCCACGCUGCGAUUGAAUCCGUGGUCAUGGUUGAAGAUGAUUUCAUCACAGUGGUGCAAACCAUCGAUGAAGCUGAAGAACCAGGUCACAGCGUUCGUUUCUCGGCUCCACCUGAGGCCGAAGCCCUUUGCGUUGGUGCACGGAAAGAAGAAGAAGAAGAAGAAGAGGUGGAAGAGGACGAGUCUGUGGAGUUGGCUCAGGAAGCAGACUUGGAGGCGGCCAGCCUUGAGGAGGUAGGGGAAGUUCCUGAAACCCCUGCCUCCCCAGCACAAGAGGCUCAGACCAGAGAAACAGAGGGACCAUCAGAAAGCUAUGAUAGAGAUGAAACAACAGUAGACGACUCCAUCCUGGACAGCUCCUGGGUAGAUACACAAGACGACGACAGGAGUAUGGCAACGGAGCAGAUUGAGGUUUUACCCAAGGUGCCCAGUCCAGUUAAGAAACCCGCUGCGGUCCCGAGCAAGCUGUCACAGCAGCGGAGUACGGAAAAGCAAGAAAAAGCGGUCAAACCCAAAGCUAAAGGAGGGCGGGGUAAAGGUCGCAUCUCUACGCCUGAACGCAAACCUGUUCGCAAAGAGCCCGUCUACAUACCCCGAGAAGAGCUCAAGAAGAAAAAAGCUAUCAUAAAGAAGACUGAGUUCAACAAAAAAGUGGAGACCCAGACUCUAUCUCCGUCCAAGCGGAGCAGCAUGAAGCCAGCAGUCCGCCACACACGGCCCAUCCAGCAUCACUCCUGCCCAAGGAGGAGACCCACAGAAGCGCUGUCAGACAGUCGCCAUCCUCUCAGUGUUGCCAGACAGUCUCGAGACAGAGCAUCGGAUGGUGGGUCACGGAGCCCACUGAAAAGAUCCUCUGUGCCACGUCAUGCCUCCAUUCUGGGUCGCCGUGGCUACCAAGAACACGAGGAGAGUUCCACCUCCAUCACCAGCUCCGGAUCGACUGCUCCCCGCAGACCCACAUCGUUUCAAUCUGAAAUGAGAGCAGAGCAUAGGAUAGGACGAGCCCCUAGUAUGACAGUUGCGCAAUCAGUACGAUCUCGUUCAGCUCGCAGUGGCCACUCUACCCCUCGCACCCCAGGAUCCACCGGCAUCACCCCAGGAACCCCUCCAAGCUACUCGUCCUCCUCACGAACCCCUGGGACCCCGCGCUCCCUCAGUUUGAUUUCUCAGGAGAGGAAAGUGGCAGUUGUACGCACCCCCCCAAAAUCCCCCGCAACCACUCCCAAGCAGCUGCGCAUCAUCAACCAGCCACUGCCCGACUUCAAGAAUGUCAAGUCCAAGAUUGGCUCAACGGAGAAUAUCAAGUACCAGCCCAAAGGAGGACAGGUACAAAUACAGAAUAAGAAGAUUGACUUGAGCCACGUGACCUCCAAAUGUGGUUCUCUGGACAACAUCCAUCAUCGACCAGGUGGCGGUAAUGUGCGAAUAGAGAGUGUGAAGUUGGAUUUCAAAGACAAAGCUCAAGCCAAGGUGGGUUCACUGGAGAAUGCACAUCACAUUCCUGGUGGAGGUCGCAUAAUGAUUGAGAGCCACAGGCUGACAUUCCGCGAGCAUGCAAAGGCCCGUGUUGACCAUGGAGCUGAUAUCAUUGUCCAGUCACCUGGUCUGUCAGGCUCCGUCUCUCCCCACUACAACAAGGAAAGCCAGCUGUCAUCCUCUGCCAGUCUCAACAUAGUGGAGUCUCCACAGUUAGCAACCUUGGCCAAGGAUGUCACUGAAGCCCUAGCCAAGCAGGGCUUGUGAACACUGGAUCCCCGGAUUGCUGCCUUGCAUCCUAGACAUCCUCACCUUUUUGAACUUUUCUGCCCUCUCACUCACCAUCCUGAAACAAAGUGGUUACCAUUGAUGCUCAGCAAACAAAAGUCCCCUUAACAUCUUUAGCUCAACAUCCAUCACUAAGCAGAGACUAGUCUUAGAAGCUACUGUGUUUUGGUCCUCUAUUUUUAACCCUAAACAUGUGUUUCUUUCUGAUUUGUUUUGUGUAUAUUUCUUUUUGUUUUAAACGAUGUUUUGCAUAGAGUUAGACUGGACGUUUGCUCUAGACUACGUGGUAUAUCUGUCAAAGCUGGCUUUACUGGUCUUUGAUCAGUGUUUUGAAGAAGUGACAGCCUUUUUUCCCCCUACUUUAAACAACUGAAGACAUGAUCUGUACACCAUGCCACCGUUUUUGUUCUUGCUCAGCAAACAUGCAUGAUUACCAGAUCCCCUUAACAACAAGCAUCCUUACUAUGAGUCAGUAUUUUGACUCAAUACAUGACGUAUUUAAAAAAGAAUAACAUAGAGGUAUCUUUAAAAUACAACUUCUUUCCCAUCCACGUUGUCAACACAUUUUAAGACGAAGCAAAAAUAUGGCUAUAAGAUAUUACUUUAAAAUGGCAUUUAUGCAAGAACCACAUCAUGUUAUGACAAGCAUGUAUGAAUCGAAUAUGAAAAGAGGCUCUUUUGUAUUUACAGGAAAAAAAUAAUAAUUUUAGUAAAUCAUUUCCUCAUUUAUUGGAUAAAAUAAACAAGUUCAUGUUUUGUAGGUAAUAGAUGUUUUAUAGUGUAAUGCUUGGUGACAAUGUCCGAGACUGAUUUGGUGUUGCUGAGGGAUGCAUCUCCGUCCUGUCAAACAGCCGUGCUCACUUAAACCCGCUCAGCAGAUCUAUAUAGAAGCCUGUUCAAAACACCUGGGGCUCGUUCCUCAAGUAUCCGUCCUAGAAGGGAUUUCCUCGAGUAGUAUUAGGAAUUACCAAUAGAGGUUGAUGUUUCCAUCAUCAAAAUUGAUGCUGAUUGCUGUCUGAGCCACAGAAGACUAGAUACUCCAGCAGAUAAAGCCGCUACCCCAAAAUCUGUGUGUGUCCGGUGUGCGUGUAUGUGUGUUUGUAUGCAUUUGGUGCAGAUCCCGUGCCGUUUUAUGGAGGGACGCCACUGUAUGUGGGUUGUUUGUUGUGAUGUGUAGGAUGAUGAAAUAAUGUUAAGAAAAAUACUUUUUAAAAGCCUUAAAUAUAAAAAAAAA